GGAGGGCGAGUGCCUGGCUGGGCCACGAGACACAGCUUUGUGCCAGGGUCCUGGCAACUUCCCCUUCCACAGCCACUUCCUUGUGACUGGGGAUCCAGGGGCAAGAGCUACUGCCUGUUGCCCAGGCUACCCUCCACCCCCAGUUUGGAGCCCUGCCCCCCUGGGGCUGGGCCAAAACCAGUGGCCAGCUGGGAUCCCAUGGGGGACUGGUAGGGCCAAGGUCUUGGGGGAGAGAGGUGGCUGGGCCAGAGCCCUCCGGCCAUGAAGUCUCGACAGAAAGGAAAGAAGAAGGGCAGUUCAAAGGAGCGAGUGUUUGGGUGCGACUUGCAGGAGCACCUGCAGCACUCGGGCCAGGAGGUACCUCAGGUGUUAAAGAGCUGUGCAGAAUUUGUGGAGGAGUAUGGAGUGGUGGAUGGGAUCUACCGUCUCUCAGGAGUCUCCUCCAACAUCCAGAAGCUCCGGCAGGAGUUUGAAGCAGAACGGAAGCCAGAUUUGCGGCGGGAUGUUUAUCUCCAGGACAUUCACUGUGUCUCCUCCUUGUGCAAGGCCUAUUUCAGAGAAUUGCCAGAUCCUCUGCUUACGUACCGGCUCUAUGACAAGUUUGCUGAGGCUGUGGCAGUACAAUUAGAGCCUGAGCGCUUGGUCAAGAUUCUAGAGGUUCUUCGAGAACUCCCUGUCCCAAACUGCAGGACACUGGAGUUUCUUAUGCGGCACUUGGUGCACAUGGCUUCGUUCAGUGCCCAGACCAACAUGCACGCCCGCAACCUGGCCAUUGUGUGGGCUCCAAACCUGCUGAGGUCUAAGGACAUAGAAGCCUCAGGUUUCAACGGAACAGCAGCCUUCAUGGAGGUGCGGGUACAGUCCAUCGUUGUCGAGUUCAUCCUCACGCAUGUGGACCAGCUCUUCGGGGGUGCUGCCCUUUCUGGUGGUGAAGUGGACAGUGGAUGGCAAUCACUUCCAGGGACCCGGGCAUCAGGCAGCCCUGAGGAUCUCAUGCCCAGGUCUCUACCCUACCACCUGCCGAGCAUCCUACAGGCUGGUGAUGGACCCCCACAGAUUCGGCCCUACCACACUAUCAUUGAGAUAGCAGAACACAAGAGGAAGGGAUCUUUGAAAGUCAGGAAGUGGAGGUCUAUCUUCAAUCUGGGUCGCUCUGGCCAUGAUACAAAGCGUAAACUUCCACGGGGAACUGAGGACAGGGAGGACAAAUCUAAUAAGGGGACACUGCGGCCAGCCAAGAGCAUGGAUUCACUGAGUGCUGCAGCUGGGGCCAGUGAUGAACCAGAGGGGCUGGUGGUUCCCAGCAGUCCCCGGCCAAGCCCACUGCUGCCUGAGAGCUUGGAGAACGACUCUACUGAGACAGUAGAGGGUGAACAGGAGCCCGAGGCAGAGGCACUGGGUGGCACAAACUCUGAGCCGGGCACACCACGAGCUGGACGGUCAGCCAUUCGGACUGGGGGCAGCAGCCGUGCAGAGCGCUGUGUUGGUGUCCACAUCUCAGACCCCUACAACGUCAACCUCCCACUGCACAUCACCUCUAUCCUCAACGUGCCUCCAAACAUCAUAUCUAAUGUAUCCUUGACCAGGCUCACCCGUGGUCUUGAGUGCCCUGCCCUACAGCCCCGGCCAAGCCCUGCCUCUGGUCCUGGCCCUGGACCUGGCCUUGGUCCUGGACCCCCAGAUGAGAAGUUGGAGGCAAGUCCAGCACCAGGUCCCCUGACUGACUCGGGCCCAGCAGACAUGACUCCUGCCCUGGAGGACUCUCUGUCCCAGGAGGUGCAAGAUUCCUUCUCCUUCCUAGAGGACUCAAGCAGCUCAGAGCCUGAGUGGGUGGGGGCGGAGGAUGGGGAGGUGGCCAAGGCAGGAGCAACAGGAGCAGCCUUCUCCCCUGGGGAGGACGACCCUGGGAUGGGCUACCUGGAGGAGCUCCUGGGAGUUGGGCCUCAGGUGGAGGAAUUCUCUGUGGAGCCACCCCUGGAUGACCUGUCUCUGGAUGAGGCACAGUAUGUCCUGGCUCCCAGUUGCUGUUCCCUGGAUUCUUCUGACUCCAGACCUGAACUGGAAGAGGAAAAUGGGGAGGAAGUCUUUCUGAGUGCUUAUGAUGACCUAAGUCCUCUUCUGGAGCCUAAUCCCCAAAACUGGGAGGGUGCAGGGAAUCUGGAGGAAGAGGCAGCAGGGUGUGGAAGACAAGAUUCUAGAAAGGCUAGAGAAGAGCAGGCAUGCUGCGAAAUUGGGGAAGACAAGGAGGCUGAGCCUGGAAGUAUAUUUGGCAACAGAGAAGAGGCUGAAGAGAGUCCAGAGACUGAGAUGGGGGUUGGAAAAACUGAUGAGGAAGAAGAGAAGGCUAAUGGAAGCCAAGAGGUGAUGAUAAUUUUGGAAGAAGGGAGUGGGGAAGAGACAGAGAUCAAGGGAAAGAAUUCUGAAGGUCAGAAAGAGGUUGAAAGUACCAAGGAAGCUAAGGGUGUGGAGGUACGAAGAGAACAAGAUAAAGACAAAGAGAAGAAAACAGAAAUUGAGGGAGAAGAGGCUGAGCAAGAAAGAAAAGGAGCCCCAGUAGAAGCUAGAAGGGACUCAGAGGAUGGGGCCCAGGAACACCUCGUUUCUGAGGGGAGCUGGGAAGUUGUACACAAACAAGAGGCUGAAAGAGGCAGAGAGGAUGAGGUCAAAGGACAGAGGAAGAAUGAGAAUCACAAGGUAAGAGAAGACCAAGGACAUGGUGAAGAUAACAGAAGCCCAGAAGCAGCAGUUGAUGGUGGAGAUGGGGAGGCUAUUAGGGAGUGGGAGAGUGGGGAUGGAGAGGCUGAGGGAGAACAGAAGGAUGGAGGUGACCAUUUAGAAGAGAGAACCCUCUUUGAAGGGCCAGGUAUAGAAUCUUUGGUUGUUUGCAGUACCAAAGAGAGCAAUGCCCAGUCUUCUGAGAUGGAACAGGCAGCCUCACAGCCACUCCUGACAGAGGGGAUGGAACCUCAGGGACAACCCUGCUCAGAAGGCUGUGAUGUGUGUCCCUGUGCCUUAAACUCGGUUGGAGGUGUGGGCAUGCGCCUGACUUCUACUCUGGUUCAGGUCCAACAGGUCCGCUCUGUGCCUGUAGUGCCCCCCAAACCACAGUUCGCCAAGACACCCAGUGCAAUGUGUAGCAAGAUCCAUGUGGCACCUGCAAACCCAUGUCCAAGGCCUGGUCGGCUUGAUGGGACACUGGGGGAAAGGGCUUGGGGGUCUCGAGCUUCCCGAUCCUCUUGGAGGAAUGGGGGCAGUCUUUCCUUUGAUGCUGCGGUGGCCCUGGCCCGGGACCGCCAGAGGACUGAGGCUCAAGGAAUUCGACGGACCCAGACUUGUACUGGGGGUGGGGACUACAGCAUCAUUCCGAGAACCUCCCCCUGUAGCUUGGUCUCAGACCAUUCUCCUCGGCCCCUUAGCUGCCUAGAACUCCCACCUGAAGGCUCAGAAGGGUCUGGGCCCCCAACUCGGUUUAGUCUGCCCCCUAGAGAACCCCAGACCCCUGUCCCCUUUACAUCCCUCCAGCGUCGAUCAUAUGCAUUUGAAGCACAGGCUAACCCUGGAAAAGGUAAAGGACUGUGAUUAGAAUCAGACCACUGGACAAAGGAGACCAGUAAGUUAUCUUGAAUCUCUGGCACCCCUCACUAACUGUCUCUGCUGCAGGUUGAGCAGUUGUAGUACCCCACUUAUUAUAGGCUUUUGCCCUCCAACUACUCUAUUUGACAACUAUGGGAGGCACUGCUUAAUGAUUUUACCUGAGCUUGUCUCAGACACAAAGCACUAUCUCUUAGAAGAGUCUUAAGAAAGUAAGAUCCUGCUCUGGCGAAGUGUGUCCACUGACCAAACGAAAUAUAGGGCAUGGAGAAAACUUAGAAGCUUCUUAAAAGUGAAGAAUGAAGGGGGAAUUCCAGUUAAGUGACUGCCCUUCUCUGAGGUUGUGAACUUCUGUUCAUGGAAGCCCCGUGUAGAGGCAGGGAACACAAGGCCAGGUCAGAACCUUCCACACACAAACACUUCUAGAAUUGCCCAUCCCUGUUUUGUUCCUGGACCCUUGGAUACCUCCUAAUUCUCUUGACUUCAGUAGGAGGAAGACAUCCAAGUAGCUCUCUGAUGUUCUUAAUGUUUGCUGGAGGGAUUGAACCCCAUUCUGUGGCUCUAAUCACCUUGAAGAGACAGUCCUGUAAAGAUCUCUCUGACCUCUCCUUUUUCCUUUGGAAUAACUUUCUUCCAUUUUAGAAAAGGGGAAAGUUGUCAUGCAGGCCGAGGGACUACUUGUUCAUACAGGCUCUAGCAAGGGUGAAGGUCUCAGAAUAAAAAUUGUAUUUUUACAUUUAAA